GCUUUACAAUGAACAGACCUUUAGUACCUGCUACAAGACUACCACCACUAGCCAACGGUAACUAUUCCUCUCCAGGUGUGUGUAGCAGGAGAGACCCGCUGUCUGCUGUGUCCACAGAGUUCACGCGUGUAGAGAGCAUCGAGCUGGUACUGCCUCCACAUGCUAAUCACCAUGGCAACACCUUCGGAGGACAGAUCAUGGCCUGGAUGGAGAACGCAGCCACAGUGGCAGCCAGUCGUCUGUGUGGCUGCUUCCCCUCUCUGAGGUCUGUAGACAUGUUCCGCUUCAGGGGUCCUUCCUCUGUAGGAGACAGACUGGUCUUUAAGGCUGUGGUCAACAACACAUUUAACAACAGUAUCGAGGUAGGUGUCCGAGUGGAGGCCUAUAACUGUGAGGAGUGGACCACGAACAAACCGCGUCACAUCAACAGUGCCUUCCUCAUCUACCAGCUGGCUAACACACCUGGUGACGUACCUGCCUUCCCCCAAGUCACAUACACCACCCAGGACGGGGAGAGGAGAUAUCUGUCUGCCAUUGUCAGGAAGAGAAUACGCAUGGCUAGAAAGCACAUCCUGUCCUGUAAGGAGGAGGCUCCUCUCUCUGUCCCCUGGGAUAAAAGCAAUCAGGUGUAUCUGGGCUAUAACAACGUAGCAGCUCUGACUGUACUGGCUGGGAAACAAGACUGGGAAGCCAGCAGCAUCAGUGACAGAGUCGCUGUGUAUGUCCAUGAGGAGGUGGAGCUGCUUUGUGUCCAAGUUCAGAUGGAGGUCAUGACCUCUGCCCUCCAUGCAUUCACAUUACUGGCUGACCUCACGCUGCGACCUCUUUGGGACAAACACUACCUGAGCUGUGAGGAGGUGGAGAGGGCGGAUGAGGAAGAGACAGUAUAUCACAUUAAAUGCCCCCCCAUCAAUGGAGGCAAGAGCCGCGACUUUGUGUUCCUGCUAUCAAAGAGGCAGCCCUGCAAAGACGGUGACCCCUAUGUGGUGGCCCUGAGGUCUGUAACUGUGACAACAGUUCCCCCUGUGGAGGGUUUCCUCCGUAGCGAGGCCAAGUGUGCCGGUUUCCUCAUCCACAGUCUGGGACUCAACAGCUGCAAGGUGUGUUACUACAACCAGGUGACGUCAGGUGUUUUGCCGUAUGUAGCAGGUAACCUGGCAGGCUGGUCCAAGUCUAUGGAGGAGACGGCUAGCGCAUGUACCACCUUCCUGGAGAGAGACCUCGUCACUAGCCUCUUCUGACUCACACACUAAGCAUGAGUCUGUGAUGGUGAACUGACACAGCAGCACAGAUUCUAACAAUAUAGAAAUGUCCAUGGCUGCUAAUACAGGUGUUACAUUUAUAGUUACCCAAAAUGUAUUUGUGAUGUUUAUGUAACAAUUCAGAGCAAAUUUAGCUCAUGUAUGUUGUGUAGGUCUUAUUUCAUGAAUUCUUCUAUAAAUAUUUCAGAUGUUGAUGCGAGUAAUGUACAGUAACAUAAUGAUACUCAUAAUGAUAAAACCUAUUCUGUAAAUAACAAAUAAAAUCUAUAUGUUUUA